AAGACUUCAAAACACAUCUUUUUUUGAUAAAGUCUGCACACAAACUUUUCUCUUUGUAUAGUUUCUUCAAUUCAGAUUCUUUUUUUAUUUUUGUUAUUCGAUCUUCAAUGAUCAAUAAAUCCAAUGAAUACCCUCGCCGGAUUUUGAGUUUUCCGGCGAUUCGUCCCAGCGAAACCGUCUCAUUCCCUAGCCUUAUUGCAGCCUUGAUCCAUUUAGGCCAUGCCAUACGUGACUACAAGUCAAAAACGUUCUUCACAAACAGGAAAAACGCAAACUUUUUGAUGCGUUUGGUCGAUGAUCUUCUCAUUUUUCUUCAAGAGAUCCGAAAUGGGGAUUCAAGGUUUGCGGGAUCAAUGGUGUUGAGCUUGUCUGAGCUGCAUUUUUUGUUCCAGAAAGUUGUGUUCUUGCUGGAGGAUUGCACCAGAGAAGAUGCCAGGAUAUGGAUGGUGGCUAAGUCGGAGCAGGUGUCGACCCAGUUUCGGGUGGUGGCUAGAGCCAUGGCGGUGGCUCUGGAUGUUCUGCCGUUUGGUGGGAGCGAUGAAGUGAGGGAAGUGGUAGAGUUUGUGAGAAAGCAAGCUAUGAGGUUUAAGUUUGAAGUUGAAUUUGAAGAUAGGGGAAUCAUGGAUCAAGUUCUGAGGAUUCUUGAACAAUUUGAACGUGGGGUUGUUCCAGAAUCAAGCGAUCUAAAAUGGGUUCUUGAAAGUUUGGGGAUAAGAAGCUGGAGUGAGUGUCAAAGUGGGGUAAGGUUCUUGGAUUCUGAGAUUUGUUUGGAGGGGCAGACUGAAGAGAUGCGAGAUUUGCCCCUUCUCUCUGGCCUAAUGGGGUUCUUGAUCUACUGCCGUUGUACCGAGUUUGAAUUCGGGGAUGUUUCAACCACCACCAGAAUGAUGACGUCAUCCGGCGGUGGUCGCCGGAAUGAUGACGUCAUCCGGAGCUUGAACCCAGAAGAUUUCCGGUGUCCCAUUACUCUAGAACUGAUGACUGAUCCGGUGACUCUUUCCACGGGGCACACCUAUGAUCGGUCUUCAAUUCUGAAAUGGUUCAAGGCUGGAAAUCACACAUGUCCUAUAACGGGUGAGAGGCUAAUCAACAUUGAUUUGGUUCCCAAUCUGGCUCUGAAGCAGAUCAUAAGGCAGUACUGCAAUGAGAAUGGGAUUCCAUUUCCAGAAUCUGUAUCGCGAAAUCGUGAUGUGAUAAGAUCAAUUGGUAAGGGUAGUGUGGCUAUGAAACUGCUGGCUAGUUUUCUAGUUGGCAGGCUUGUGGCAGGAACAAGUGAGCAGCAGAAGAAGGCGAUUUACGAGAUCCGUUCCCUCACCAAAACCAGCACUUUUAACAGGUCUUGUUUGAGCGAAGCGGGUGCCAUCCCGCCUCUCUUGCUUCAGCUCGGUUCGUGGGAUUCGUCGGUUCAAGAAAACAGCAUUGCUGCUUUGCUAAACCUGUCCAAGAAUUCGAAAAGCAGGGAAACCAUUGCUGAAAAUGGAGGCCUGGUUUUGAUUCUUGAUGUGUUAAAAGAGGGGCUUAAGAUGGAAGCCAGGCAGCACGCUGCUGGUGCGUUGUAUUAUCUCGCCUCGGUGGAAGAUUACAAGGCGAUGAUCGGGGAAAACCCCGAGGCUAUCCCAUCACUUGUGGAGCUAGUAAGGGCUGGGUGUGAUCAUGGGAAGAAGAAUGCCCUGGUCACAAUCUUCAGCCUCUUAACAUGUCCUGAGAACCACUGGAAAGUGGUUUCAGCUGGGUUAGUACCCGUGCUGAUUGAUCUGCUGCCGUCUCUCAAAAGGGAAGACCUCAUAGCAGAUUGCCUCGCGGUUCUAUCCUCUCUGUCCGAGAAGCUAGAAGGCGCGAUAGUUGUCCUCUAUGCCGGGGCUUUACCCAUCGUUAUUGAUAUCUUGAACUCCUGCAGCUCAAGAACAGCAAAGGAGUGCUGUGUUUCAUUGCUGCUGGCCUUGUGCAUCAAUGGUGGAUCAGAUGCGGUUCGAGUUUUAGUGAAGAACCCAUCUCUCAUGCCGCCUUUGUAUUUGCUGCUCACCCAAGGCACUUCUCGGGCGAGCAAAAAGGCCAGUUCGCUCAUCAGAUUGCUGCAAGAAUUCAACAACAAGACCUCCUCUAGCUUCAUCAAUCCACCUCUUCCUCAAGACCAAUUUGUCAAUGUCUGGUGAUACUUGUGUACAUUAAUAUGCUAUUUAUUUGUGUAUAGUUUGACAAGUGUGUGACUUUAGCUCGAGUUUUUAAGAGCUAAAAAAGUCACUAUUCCGUACGCCAAAGCUUCUUGUUUUUAUAUGAAGCUUUGCUUUUCACAGAUACAUUUUUUUU